GGAAAGAACAAAAAUCAAUGUAGUGGUCAUGUUCUGAUGAGUUCAUUCAUAUUCUACGUUUACUAUAUGAAACUGUUUCUUACGUCUUGCAAGCAGUUCCUAUAAGAUCAAAUUCGAAGUGAAAGACAUUUUUGCGUUCUUCCUCUGUUAAUAUCUUCACUGCUGGUGUGAAAGGCGAGAUAAUUACAUCGUAUUUCGAUAUGCUUAAACGAUCUUAACUUAUUUCCAAAUCUUAUUAAUCACAAAUCUAUUGUGAGCUAGCACCACAACAUUUGAGCUCAUGUGUCCUGCAUAAGGAAAGAGCCAGAGCGUUGAGCAUUACCACAUCUUCAAUAUGUUUUUCCUUUUAUUACAAUCGGAGGAGGUAUACAAUGUUUUUCUGGUGUCUACAGGAUAAAGAAAAACUCAUGAGCAGAAAUCCUGGAUGGAAUGUAUGUUUAUACCAUCGUAAUAUUAUUCCUGCAUCUAACGAAUCCCGCUGCGAUGAGGCCCAGUACACUGAAUUUGCAACAUCAACACAAUCAUGACGUAUCCAAAAACAUAUUAAGGGAAGCUUACAGCUCUUGGAAUCAACGAUCUGAUAAUUGUAUUGUACCAGAACCUAAUAUUCAACCACUUUUUCGUGAUUUUAAACUGUUUCCAACUUCUGAACAAGUGCAUGACAUGUUAAGAACUGCUAGGUUCAUUGUGCGUGGUUGCAACAAAUGUAAUAAGGCGUCCAAACAUAAAAAUGGAUUAACAUUCGGAGAAUUCUCAGUGCUGUUAACAGAUAUACGUAAAAUAAGGCAUACAUCCAUACUAAAUAGUCAUGACAAUACACAGUCAUCUGGGUAUAAUGUUACAGAUUCCUCGCAAUCUGUCAAAGCAAGCAAUUCGGAGCUCGAUGACCAAUCUACAGCAAACAAUGAAACCACAUCAGGACCAGAGGUUUUUUUAGGAGGCUCGUGUAAUCCAACAACUUGGAGAGCUGAUGUGGCAAUACCCACUCUGAAGAAAUUAGGAAUUACUUUCUACAAUCCGCAAGUUUCAGAAUGGACUCCAGAUCUGCUAGAAUUAGAGCAUCGGGCGAAAGAGAAGGCAAAAGUGUUAUUUUUUGUCAUGGAUCCACAAACAAGAUCAGCCGCUGGUGCAAUUGAAGUGGCUAAUAUAGCAGGACGUAAUUCUAAGCACCUUGUUCUAGUUCUUUUACCAUACGCACAACAGCAGAAGAUAUUAAAUGAAACAUUGACAUUAGACGAAUACAAGGAUCUUUCUCGAAAUCAGCAAUUAUUGAAACAGCUUGUGCGACGAAGAGGAUUGCCAGUACUCGAUAAAGUGGCUUUGGCCUUGGAACACAUAAAAAAUAUACUGUCUGGAGGACCGUGUCGAGAUCAACCGCACAACAUUGCAACAAGAUUGAUAUCUGUUCGACGAACUUUUGAUAGAGUGGUGAAUAAUAGUAGUGAAGUAAUAAAUUUAAUCCAAUGUCAAACAGCAUUGGCCGCACUUGGCUAUCCGUCUGGCAUAGUUUCGAUCAGCGUAAUAAAACAAAUUUUAGCAUAUUUUGAAGAAAUACGACAACAACGGCCUGCAAGUAGUACACAACCUGGAUCAAAUUCAACAUCAACUAAAACUACCAAUGGUUAUGCGGACGAUAAUAUCUCGAUAACAUUCGAUAGCUUCUGUGUACUAGAAUCAUAUCUGUCCGUCCUCCAGCAGGAGAUUCUGGAAACAAGUUGUGUUUCGCCCAUUAAAGGGACUAAUUUACAGCAGCCACCAAUAUAUCUCACAGACUUUCAAGGUUGGAGCCGCCGAGCUCUUCCUUCGCCGAUCAAUACAGGAAAACAGUUCGCAGCGGAAUCGAACAUUACCAGAAACCAUUCAGCACAGCUUUCAAUAUCUAGUGAUUGCAAUGACACUUUUGAAAAUGUGCACAGAACUAGUGAGGCUGACAUAGAAAAAAUCAAUGCGUCAUCAUCGAAACAUACUGACGACACUUUAUCUGGCACACAUAAACAUAUUGAAGAAAAUUGUAACACUCAGCUUCAGCAGAGCCAAAACUCUUCUAAAUCAGCAUCAGAUCAAAAUAAUUCAAAUCAUUCUUCGAGCAACAGGGAGAAUAAUGGAAUGAAAACGCGUGAUCUGUAUCUCGGAGGCAGUUGCUGGAUGCUGACAAAUUGGCGACAAAACUAUGCAAUACCUUAUCUGAAAGCGAAAAAUAUUACCUUUUUCACAUCCACCUUGCAUGAAGGACCCGAAUGUUCUAUCGAUUUCAAUGAAACGGGAGAAAUUAGCAUAAAAGGAAAUGAUGAGCUUAUCUUUGAUCCAGCAAUUUUGGAUGCUAGUCGAAUACUGCUUUUCGUGAUCACCGAUAAGACCAGAUCGCUGGGUGCAAUGACAAUGGCGGCACAUUACAUGGGACUCGGCUAUAACAUAGUACUGUGUGUACAAAUGCUACCAAAUGAUUGUAAAAUCAAUGGAUUACAGCUUUCAAGUUCGGCAAUCAAAGAUUACAACAGAGGUCGUGCGUAUUUGAUUGAUUUGGCCAAACGGCAAAACAUCCCUGUGUACAGCAACAUAGAAGAUGCCCUCAAAUCAGCAGUGGAAAAAUUAAACUACACCAGAUGAGCUAUAAUGGAAAUAUCUACAAAAUGGAUAUGCAUUCAGUUAGUUUUUAUGGAUAUAAGUUAUGCCUCAGUAGAGCAAUUGUAUAACAUUUUUUCAUAUUUGAUCUGAAUGGCUCGUGUCGACAAAGCAGUACUUAGUUGAAGCAUAUGAUCAUUAAAAAAAGUAAAUCUAUGGAAAUUAUUGAAUGCAUCACACCAGAAAACCUAGCUUUAUUGAACAUGCUGACUAACCGUUUAGUUAUGGUCACAGAGCCAACUAUACUCUUACAAACAUGACUUACGCUUGUACAUAAAAUUAUUCAAUAACAUUUAAUUGCUAGGAAUAAUUUACUAAUUUAACUAUUACUUGCUAAAACUACACCUAAUGUCAAUAGCAUUUGGGUCUCGAAAAAACGUCCUCACUCUUUAUUUAGUUUUAAUAAUGUAGGUACUGCAAUAUUUGAAAAUACAACCCAUUAUGGCACAGAAUAUACAUCAAGGGCAUCCAAUAAAGCAAAAUUUAAUUAUUGCAAACCA